UAGUGAACUUGGACAAUUGACUUAAACUCACUCAGUCUGUUUUUUCCUAUAAACAGGAAAUUAGAAGGCCUGUCUCCAGUGCUUGCUGUGAUGAAUAAAUGAAUAAGCCAAGCAUAGUGUGUGGCCAUUAUAGGAACUUGCUUAAUAUUAGUUACCUUCCUCUCUUCCCUUGGGCCCCAGAUCUAGAUGAAGAAGCAGUCCAGUGGUGAUGGUGAGAACCAGAUAAUCUGGCUGAUCCUAGUGGGCUUCGGGGAACUGCAACACCUGGGCUUCCUCCCCUUCACUCUCUUUCUGGCCAUCUAUGUGGUGAUAGUUGGGGGCAACGCCCUCAUCAUGCCGGCUGUGGCCUCUAGUCAGACUCUCCACACACCCAUGUACUUCUUCCUCUGUCACUUCUCCCUGCUAGAGAUUGGCUACACCUCCAACAUUGUGCCUCGGCUACUGCACAGCUUCCUGGAAGGCAAAGAAGCCAUCUCGCUGGUCAGCUGUCUGGUCCAGUUCUACAUGUUUGCCUCACUGGCUGCAGCUGAGUGCCUCCUGCUCUCCACCACGUCCUAUGACCGUUACUUGGCCAUCUGCCACCCCCUUCACUACCCUGUUCUGAUGAACACCUGGCUGUGUGGCUGCCUGGCAACUGGUGCCUGGCUCUGUGGUUUCUCCUUCUCUGCAUUCACUCUGGCCCUAGCAGCCCCUCUGCCCCUCUGCCCUGGCAUCAGAGAGAUCGACCACUACUUCUGUGACUUUGCUCCAGUUGUAGGGCUGUUCUGUGGGAAUGGGCAAGUCAUGUGGGGAGCUGGGGUCUGCAUCUCAGGCUUCCUGACACUGGCUCCUUUCCUGUUGAUUGUGGCAUCCUACACCCUCAUCCUGAGGGCUGUGCUGCAAAUUCUGUCAGGCUAUGGGAGGCAGAAAGCCUUCUCCACUUGUUCUUCCCACCUCAGAGUGGUUGGAGUGUUUUAUGGUACCCUCAUUGUGGUCUAUGUGGCCCCUACAGAUCACAUGGCUCCCUUGAUCCAAAAGGCUGUCUCUGUCCUCUACACUGUGCUCACCCCUAUGGUCAACCCCAUCUUCUACAGCCUCAAGAGCGAAGAGGUAAAAUGGGCCCUUCAUAGGCUCUGGAGACAGCUCAUGUCAGGCUGUACCCCACUGAGGCAGACAGGACAGCUAUUGACUUCUUUCUGA